AUGCGACUUCCCAUCCAAACAAAAGCUUGGUUCGCUGCUGGCCUCAUAAUUCCAGUCAUUUUUGCUCAAGACUCUAGUCCUGGCGGCGCAGUCCAUCCAGGUCAACCCGAGAACUGCAAUGGAUGGCACACCAUUGUUAAGGGCGAUACCUGCCAGAGCGUGCCCCAGAAAUAUGGCAUCUCGUUCAAGCAAUUCCUCGCCUGGAACCCAGCCGUGUCCUCCGACUGCCUCAACAACUUCUGGUUGGAAUCGGCCUACUGCGUGAGGGUUGGACAGAGCAGCUCCAAACCACCGACAACCUCAUCCACAUCCGGGACUAGCAUUUCUAGUUCAAGGUCCGUAUCCCAGACGACCAUCACCUCGGCAUCGAAGGCAACAACAUCAUCCAUCAUCCCCACCUCUUCGUUCAACUCAACCUACUCAACCUUGCAUCCCGUCACCUCGUGGAAUGUGUCGGCAACGAGUACUGACAGGACGUGGCCGCCUACCAAGACGCUCGCGGUUCAGACAACAAUCUGCAAUGCGUGGCAUCGUGUGAUGCCUGGCGACACAUGUCAACGGCUGAUGAACAAGUACGGCUUCCAGUCUAUCGAAAUUUUCUUGGGCUGGAACCCCGCCGCCAAGGAGGACUGUGAAAUGCUUAUUGCCGACUAUUGGCUAUGCGUCGGCGUCCAGCAGCAGCAAUACAAUACGGAUCUCGAAUGGGAGACGGCUCAGCCUGAGUUCACUGAGCCUCCCGAGCCCACGGAGUAUACAUCUGUGACGUUGCCCACGGCUGAUUCGAGCUUCGCGCCGACGCCUUCUCAGGGACCUAUGCCUACCAACUGCAAGGCAUUCCACAAAGCUGAAGCAAAUCAAAACUGCAACGACCUUGUCAGCUUAUACGGUUACUUCUCGCAACAGCAGUUUCUGUCGUGGAAUCCAGCUCUUGAUGGCAAUUGCCUGGGAAUGUGGCUCGACACAUACUAUUGCGUCGGCGCAUACUCUGAUAAUGACCUUCCGUUGCCGGCACACCAGACGACUAAACCUACUACAGGCAGCAUUCCUGCCGGGUCGCCUAGCGAUUGCGCACGUUGGUACCAAACUACCCCUGGUGACACAUGCGCCUUAAUCGCACGCAUGUUCGGCAGCUUCAGCGUCGCUGAUUUCGUGCAAUGGAACCCAUCCAUUCUUAGUGAUUGCAGCGGCAUCGUCACAAAAGCAUGGUAUUGCGCAGGUCGCCCGAGCACGCCCACGACACGUACCGAUGGCGCACCGUCACCGACCCAGAUACCGAGCACACGGCCUACCCAGUCAGGCAUUGCUACGGCGUGUUCCAAUUACUGGUUUGUGGGAGAGGACGAUAACUGUGACAGUAUUGUGCGGCAGGCCGGCAUAUCGCUUGAUGACUUCUACGGUUGGAACAAAGCCAUUAAGGUAGGCUCAUGUGCAGGCCUCAAGUCGGACUUUUACGUCUGUGUAGGUGUCAGCGGCCAGGGAGGCAGCAGUGAGUCGUCGACUGCAAUCAAGACAACGCAGAGGUCCUCGUCAACUCAGCCUGCAACGACAACGACUGCAGCACCACAGCCGGUGGAGACGCCAUCACCUGUCCGUGAGGGUAUGACGGAGAAGUGCGUGCGAUUCUACCUGCAGCAGCCUGGCGAACUCUGCGGAGCGAUAGCAUCUAAUGCCGGCAUUUCCUUGGCGUAA